UUAAAAGAAUAAGAAUAAUCAACUCAUAUAACCGAAAGCGAGUAAAUAUAAACCUCGCUUGGCUUUUUAUUGGGCUUAUUUGGAUUAAAGCUCCGAAACUUACACACACCACCUCUACUACAAGUGAGGUAUUAUUAAACUGCAGCCAAGAUGGAAAAAACUGUACUCACAAAGUUUUUGCUAAUAACGUUCCUCCAAACAACGUAGCAGCUUUCCCAGAACCAUAUUUGUGGUUGAACAUUAUGUAUUCUAAAAGACAGGAAAGUAAGGCGCAAACAGAUACGGAUCGUCUAGAAUCUAUUAAAAAACAAAUUCUUUCAAAGCUUGGUCUUACACAGAAGCCAAAGGUUUUCAAUAAACUACCUAAGCAAUAUAUUUGGGACACCCUUUAUAGAGCUGAUGGUGUAAACAGUGUCAGUGAGAUGAACGGAUUCACGCCUCAUACUCGAACCAUUGGCAGAAUAUUGCAAGGGGACAACUCUAUGAAUCACCAAAGUUUCAACGAACAAUAUUACUUAAAUAACAAAGUGAGCAACUACAAUCAUAACUACGACACUUAUAUGACCAAUGGAGCCGUAUCGAAUUCAAACUACUUAACUUUACUCCAUUUAAAAAACAACACUAAAAUAUUUUCCAACUAUAUGCAAAAAGAGCAAUAUAUUAAAAGCAUCUUCAAAAAGGAGCAAUUAAAAGACUACCCUACAGUCAACAAAAAUACAUAUCUUUCCAAUAAUAAUUACAUCAAUUUUAGCGCUCGAAGCACUAAAGAUGUGUAUCAAAAUACACCUGAGCACAUUUUUUUCGAAAAUGAGGACUUUUUUGGAACAACACAGGAGGUGAUUACGUUUGCAGAAGCUGGAACAAAAUAUAAAAAACAUCGGUUGAUAGAAUUUUCAGCGCAGAUAAAAAACGUUCCUAGCCAGAAGUCAUUCAUUCGGAAUGCGAUGAUACAUAUUCGAAUUGGUAAGCAUGCAGGCAAUGUAGCCAAAUAUGUAUUGAAUCAAAAGCACAAAAUACGGAAAUCUCAGUCAAAUGCGAAACUAAAAGUUUGGAUUUUUCAAGUGAUUACCAGUAAUCUUACACUAAAAGGCUUCGAUGAAUUUGCAAGACUUCGCGCUUCGUUUAAUGUUGACACCAAACGAUUAGGGUGGCAGAAAUUUGAUUUAACUCAAACAGUAAAUGAUUGGUAUGCCAAUAACGUUUCAGAGAAACUAAAACUGUUAAUUGAUUGUACUGGAUGUGGCAGGGAGUAUGAACUGUAUUUAUUUGAUGAAGUAAAAGCCCCAGAAAAUAUACAAAGAAGUGAACAGAAGCAGAAACAGUCUGAACAACAACAGAUCCAGAACCAGAACCAGAACCUGAACCACAACCAGAACCAGAACCUGAACCAGAACCAACAAAAUUUUCGUUAUAAGAAGAUGAAUAUAUUUUUUCACAACAAACAUAAAGAAAAAAUUAAAAAUAAAAAUUUCCCAGAUAAAAAUAAAGCUGAAGGCAGUCUUAAAGGCGAUUAUAUUAAGAAAAAUAUGAAAGAUGGCACAGAGAUAAACCAAUAUGUAAAUAAUUUAGAUUACAGUUUGCCCCCUACGAUAGGUAUAACAAAGCAAAAUAAUGAUAACUGUUUAGAAAUGAAUCAUUGCAAAUAUAAAAAUUUUAAUUUAUUUUCUGGACAAGAUUCAUUACUUUCUUCACCAAAACUAACACAGUUAAAUAUUAAUAACACUGAAACGGGAGCGUCAUUGAAAUUGCAGCAAGAUCUUAAUCCAAACCGUCCAUUUCUAGUUUUACGAACUGAAACAAAACGUUUGCGACGUGUUCGCAGACGAGCUGUAGACUGCUCUGGUGCCAUGCAUGGCCAGUGUUGUAAGGAAUCCUUCUAUGUGUCUUUUAAAGCACUUGGUUGGGACGAUUGGAUAAUCGCACCCAGAGGUUACUUUGCAAACUAUUGUAGAGGCGAUUGCACUGGUCCAUUCCGUACGCCUGAUACCUUUCAAACUUUUCACGCUCACUUUAUUGAAGAAUACCGCAAAAUGGGUCUAUUAAAUGGGAUGAAACCAUGCUGUGCCCCAGUAAAAUUUUCAAGCAUGUCUUUAAUAUACUAUGGCGAUGACGGUAUUAUUAAAAGAGACUUACCAAAAAUGGUUAUUGAUGAAUGCGGCUGCCCAUAGAAACAAAUACAUUUAUUUUUGUUUUGGGUUUUCGAAUGUAAACAAGCCGUGAAUUACUCAUUUUAUUCGCUGAAUAUAAACUUUAAAAAAUUAAUUACAAAUUCUAGUUAUUGUAUAUUACUGAAAUGUUGCAUAAACAGUAUGCAACAGUACAGAGAGAAGUAAAAAAUCAGCGAAAUUCAUGUCCAUUUAUAAUAUUUACUAAAUUUUAGUUGAACCCAGUAUGAACAAGGCGGAAAAAAUUAGGCGAAUAAUAUUGUACCAUCAUUACAUAUCAAGUCCUUAAUUACGCACUUGUUAAUUUUCACACUUAAGAGGACAAAUAAAUGUUCAGUCAUAAAAACGUCUUGCACGUUGGGGUUCCUAUGCAAUCAUAGGUUCUUUAAAAUCUAAAAAAAAUUAGAAGUCAAUGCAAUCAAAUGCCGAUGUCACUAUUAUUCCUCUUGGUUUUUGCUAUAUUCUUUGAUGUGUAG